UGUGUGUUUACGUAUUUUCCUUGGGUAAAAAUCAAUUUGGAGUCCAAACCGGUGAACUCUGGUCUUCCGCAGAAAAACCCUAGAAGGAAGGAAAUCGACUGACUGAAGACUCAAGUACAUGGCGGAACUGAGGCUGGGUGUUCUAAUAGACAUUGUAGAUGAAGAAUGGAUGCGAGACACUCUUCCCAAUGAUGAUCUUCCUUUGCCGCCUGUGAUGAUUUCUCGGACAGAUGACACUGAAGAUUCAAUUCAGGAGAACCAACAAGUUGAGGGAGAUACUUGGCAUGAUCUUGCUUUGGGAACUCAUCAAUAAGACUUUGUGGGUGAUACUAGCUACCUUUGAUUCUCAUUGUAACCAAAAACGGUGUUUGAUUUAAUGUAGCUGGUCAUUUCUGUGUGGUUUAA